CUCAUGCUUCACGCGCCGUACCGGAAAUUCAUUCAUCGUGAAGUAGUCGACGAUUGUCCACGGUCUCUUGAAGCGGAACUCUCUAGAGAAGAAAUAUCGGCAAUGGUAAGGAAUUAAGGUCGGUCAGACUAACAACUCGUCGACGAAGAUAUUGUGUGUAGCUUUUCGUGGAAGCUCGUUAGGUCAGGUAUAAUAAGUGGUCAAUGAAUGGUGAUAUAGGACGCAGAGGUGACUCCAGUCCCACUGACAGUGGAGUAGAUACCCGCGAGUGGGAGGAAACUCACAGAGCAGGACCAAGAAUGUCCCUAGAACCUUACAAUUAUGGAAGUGACUCCUCCUGGUCAAAUCUAAAUGGGGUAGAAGUAAAGAAAAAUGGUUCUUACAAGGGAAAGGCUCUAACUUUGAACAAUAAUGUUGAUCCAAGAAAGUCUCCUAAGAACUCCCCUAAACUGGGAGUGCGUGAUGAUCAAAAGAAGCCUGUUCAAGCUGCAAGUCAGUUUCCUGCAAGAACAAAUUUCCUUUUAGAGCACCUUUCGUCUUUUACCCUCAAGACCCCACAGGAAGCUCAAGUGCCAGCUAAAGAGAGACUUCAGCAAACAAAGGAAUUGCUAGCAAAAGGCAACCAGUGGACAAAAGAAAUGGAGAUGAGAUUGACAGACACUGACGUGGUGCUUUUGGAUGGAGAGACACAGGAUGUGGUGGAAGUGUUUUCAUUGACCACUGUAGGCCAUGUACAUCAUUUUACUGAUGACCCUGAUCUGAAUAGUGUGUUGGUAUUCAACACUCUGCAGACAGAGAAUAAAUUUGCUGCUAUGCAUCUGUUUCAGUCAGACAGGGUUCCGGCUGCUGUUGUUGCAACUGAAAUUAUGAAAGCAUCAAGUAGCAAAGCCGCAAUGCCAAACAAAUUUGCAGCAAAAGGAGGUGCCAUACUACCCCCACCCCCUUCACAUCCAGCACCUCCUCCCCCUACGGAAGUUGACCAGGAGAGGUUAGAUUUGUAUGGAAAAUCACUUGUGGCACAAACAAUUGCAGCCUUUUCAGCCGUGUCAGACAACAGCGCGAAGAAAACUGGAAAACCACAAGUGUCAUCAAGAUACCAAGCGGGGGAAUCAUCCUCUGAUAUUCCAGACGAAACAAUGUCUGCGGAACUGUUGGAGGCGAGAACAAACAGAGAUGUGCAAAUCUUGAACCACUGUAUUGAUGAUAUCGAGGACUUAGUCAUGAGAACAAAGAGAUCCGCUGAGGCCUGGAGAAAGCUGCAGAAAAAGAAGGGCAAAGUUAAACAAAGUUCCUUGACACUUGAAGCCCGCCCGCCGCCUGAGGCAGAAUUCUAUGAUGCAUUUCAAAAGUUAAAACAUGCCUUGAACUUGUUGGGCAAGUUGAGGCAGCACAUUCACAAUCCUAACGCUGCUGAAUUGGUUCACUAUUUAUUUGUUCCCCUUUCGUUGUUGAUUCGCUGCACAGGAGGCCCUGAGAAGGCCAGAGCAGUCAUUCUGCCUUUACUUACAACGCAAGCAAUAGACUUGCUCCAGAACUGUCUCUCCUCAAAGGAAACAGAAUUAUGGAUGGCUCUAGGACCCAACUGGACGUUGCCAAAGUCAAGCAAACAGUUCAAAGAUCAGUUUAUGGCUCCAUACACUCCUAUGUUCAAGGACGGCUGGACUCCACCUGAAGUGAUUGCUGGUAAAGACGUGUCCAACCUCAGUGCUGCUAUUGCUGCUAAUGCCGCUAAUGCCGCCGCUGUGGCCCAACUCAAUGAUGGAUCCAGAAAGGGGGAUGACUCUGCGGCAAACUUCACAAAUUCAGCCGUGAUAUCAGCCGCGGCUAAGUUCAGAAGACUGGCAAGUGUGAAAGGAUCUUCUGAAUCACCGCCACCAAGUCCACCCAAAAAAGGCUUGAGAAGAGUACGUGUCCUUUAUGAUUUCCAAGCAAGAAACAGCAAGGAACUGACGGUUCACCAGGGAGAAGAAGUUGCGGUUCUUCUUGAUAACCGUCAAUGGUGGUGCGUCAGAAACUCGGAAGGCUCCAUAGGCUUUGUGCCGAGCACAAUUGUAGAAGAAACAGUUAUCCUUCCCAGUCCUCCCUCAACGGCUCCUCCGCCCAUACCAACAGCAAUGGUUGCGACAUCUCAGACACUGGUGCAAAAAACCGAGACGGCAACUGUGUCUUCAUCACCACCAGGCACUGUGUCAGAGAGUCCUAAGAUCCCUCAUGUUGAGCUACGACCUGUGGGAAUGGCCAAGCAGAACAGACCUGUAUCUGCACCUCCUUCACAUCUGGUGAUCACCCCAGCCGCUCCUACAAGUCAAGCCCCUUCUAGCCCACCUCAACCUACCACUCCUCCACCGGUAAUCUUGAAGACGGUGAACGGUGCACAGAAAGAGAAAGUGAGCUCAACAGACAUGUUAAACGAUGAACUGAAGCGCAGAAUGACUCACAGUCAGGGGGGACUCACACCAAGGGCUCAACGGAAAGAUGCACAGACCGUUAAUCUGACGCCUGAUUCAAAUGCAAAGCAGGUCAAAGAGUGGCUUAAAAGUAAAGAUUUUAGUGACAGCUGUGUAGCGGCGUUGUCUGGCAAGUCCGCCAAAGACAUGGAAGCUAUGACAAAGGAUCAGCUGAGUCAAGCUUGUGGUGAUGCAGAUGGAGCAAGGGUGUAUAGUCAAUUUUCAGUGCAGAAAGCCAGUUGGAAGGCAACAAAUAAAGGAUCUGAAUUGGCGUUCAUUAUGCAAAAACGAAAGGAACGAUCGGAAGAAAAAGAGGAACCAAAUAAUGAUGGGGAGCUGCGCAUUAUUGUUGCUGAUGCUAAGGCUGCUGCAGCCAAGGAGGAGACGGAGAUCAGGCAAAGAACAUCCAGCACUGGAAAGAAAACAAACAAACCCGGCGCUCCUCCACCGAAACCCCGACCCAAGAGCUUUGCAGGGCCUGAGGUAAGGCCGCGUACAAAUACCAAGACGGACCAGAAUACACAGCAAGAGGCGUCCUUUGAUUCUGAGUUUAUUCCACCGCCACCAGUGCUAGAUGCUGAAGAUCAGCCGACAAGCAAAGAAGAAAGUCUGGUGGCGAGAAAGAUUUCCGUCGAAGAUGUCCAAAGCAUUAUGCAAGAACAGAAGAAACAACAGGAACUGUUGAUGGAACACGACAAAACGCUAUUCCUACUGGAGCAGCUUCAGAGACAAAAGUUAGAACUGGAACAACAGAAAAGGGAGUUUGAGGAACAACAGCAGAAGUUGAAGCAGGCCGAGUUACAGGAACAGCAGAAAGAGCUACAUCGUCAAAUACAAGCGCAGCAAGAUCAACUGAAAAUGAACGAGGGCAAAUUAGUGCAGCAACAACGCCUGCUUUCAAACUACGAAAAUAUUCCCGCACAGUACACUUACUCCCAGAUUCCCCCUGUUAUGCCCCAGAUGCCUGUAAUGCCCCUAGCGGGAGUGGGAACCGGGGCUCCGGCGUAUCUACCCAUGGGGGGCCUUCGGCCCAUGUACUCAGCGUACCCUGGUGCGAUGACUCAACCGGGAGUUACACAUAUGGUGCCUUCCAUGGGUGUACCCUCAUUAGCUCCAACACAGCCACCCACUCAGGGUUGAUGUGGCCGUAGGAUGAUUUUGUAGGAGUGCUUUGUGUUAUUUAGAAAAUCGAAAUUUUUGUAUAUUUGAUAAUCAAAUUAUGAGAUAGAAAAUGGUAGGCAUGAAGAGCGUUUUCUCUCAAGCUACCAAAAAGAGGGAAACUUAAGAGGAGAAUGUCUUCCCAUAGCUUUGUUUGUUAUACCAGCCAAUCAUGCAUGUCGAAUAGUCCGUUUCAGUGAUGGCGCUAAUUCGCAGGAUUGAGCCUUUGUGAGGAAAAAAAAUGCUUUCUGUUCAUCAAAAUCAAUUCAGGUAGUAAUUAGGAGGGGAGUAGUAGGGUAAGACAAGGUGGGGUGAUGGGAUGGGGUGGUAGGGGAGAAUAUUUAUCCACCGGGUUAUAUUUAGUAGAGGCAGCCAUAUUUCCAUUCGUUUCAUAAUUUCAUGCCGUUUUCAUUCGUCUCUAGAUUUCAUUCCGUAACAAAAUUACAAAUUAUGCCCUCCUCAUGUGGCAACUGCAUUGUGACUUGCUCAAGGAGCUGUGGUUUGUAUAGCAAUGUCACAUGAGGACCACAUUAGAACUACAUUAUAUGUUGAGGGCUUUGGUCACGCAACUUUUCCGUGACGCGUGUUCAUCUUCAAGAAUCGUGUACAACUCAUUUUACGCAUUCGUACACAUUAUGUCUUUUGGAUAAACAUGUUCCGCCUCUUAAAGAUACGUGGCGACUAUUUGGCAUUAUUUUGUGCGUAGCCCUCCUUAACGUGGUGGCAGCUUACUUAUGAUUACUUCUUAAGAGUUUUUUUAAGAAGCAAUCAAAAGUUCAACAUUUCCUCAUAAAUUUUUCAUUCACUUUACCCAUCGUUCCCCUUUUUUUUCAAGUCAAAACUGAAGAUAGAAUGUGCGUUAUAUUUUUGUAUCGCUCCCAGUGGAGUAAGUAUCUGCUUUUUGUAUAGUACGAUGUUUUGAGGUCGUUUUGUCCAGUUUUAGACAGGUCGAAUUGAAAUGAAGUCAAAAUAUGGUUUGUGUAGCUGUAGAGAAAUUCCGCGGAUCGAUUUGGAAUUUGAAUGAUCCACUGUUCAAAAAAAUAUUUCUGAAAACUGCUCACUAGACUUUCUCAUUUUUUCUCAGCAUUUCCUCAUAAAAUAGAAGUCGUUUUCAAACAAUUAAUACAAAAUUGAUCUUUUCUAGGAGAGUCUGGUUCGUUGGUUAUCCUUUGUGCCUUUUGUCUUGCUUAUUUGCUCCUGCGAGAUUCAUUUGUGAAAAUGUAGCAAAUGCGUUAAGAAAAAAUAGUAGGAGUGUUAGGAGAGACCGCUGCUGAGUUACUGUUACAAAAGUAUCUGUUGAACUACUCUUUAGAUCCACAAGCGUUCGCCUAAAAAAUGAGACCAAACAAAAUCUUGUUUAUGAAGUCGUGUGUAGUUUGCAGAAGUUUGAAAAUCAUUUCAUAUGUUGGUCCCGUUCGACCGUGAUGAAAGAUUUCCUGACAAUCAGCGACUGGUCAGCAGAAGUAAAAAUGUUAAUCGUAUUUAAGUAGCCAUGCAGACACAUAGAUAUUUGAUUAUUUACAAAAUUAAUUAAUGCGGUGUACAGAGUGCAGUGCUUUUUUCCUGCUUUGUACGCCAAUUCUUGCAGUAUUUACCAUUGAUCACCGUGUAAAAUCUCCCGGAAAUGUUGGUGUUUCUCUAUGAUUGUAGUUAAUUCAAGUAAAGAAGUGUAAGUUGAAUACAAGUGUGAUGCAUUAAAUGAAUUUACUUUCUUGUUACUGCA